UCCAGUGAAGUGUGUUCCAGUAACUCACUGUAAGAUGUAGAACUGUAUUCUGUUGCAGUCAUGGAAGCUACUUCUUUCUGUCAUGGAGAUACCAGUAGUGUACAGUGUGAAUUCGCCAGUUCCCGUCGUAAAACGAUGGGUAGAUAUUAUAAACGAAUAAACCAGGAAGCAAAAUGGACACAAGAGGAACUUUGCAAGUCUCUUGAUGCCAUCAAAUCUGGAAGAAAAAUAGGAGGAGUAUCAAGAGCUUUUGGGAUUCAUGAAACUAUUCCACGAACGAGAAUGAAGGCUAAAAAUACUGAGGGUCCAAAACUUAGAAGUAACCCAACAUUUUCGACAGAACAGGAAAAUGGGCCAAGCUGUUCUAUAGCAUUACAUGCAUCCAGCUGCGAAAGAUUGCAUUUGAGUAUGCAGAGGCUAACAACAUUGCAAACAAUUUUGAUAAGUCAUCUAGGUUAG